ACUGAUCCCUCCCUCUUUCUCUCCCGCUUGGGUCGCUGCGCCUCCACGCACAACCCUUCCACCGACCACGGCAGAGAGCGUCGCAGCCGCCGCCACUAUGCCGUCUCUCGUCUUGUCCGAUCCUCUUAUCUCCUCCGAGGAGACCAAGAAAUCGAAGCCCAAGAAGCCCCAGUACGGCUCCCCUGAGGAGGAGAAGAAGAACAAGAAAAAGAAGAAGCAGCACGUGGAGAACGAGCUCAGCGACCUCGAGCUCGACAACGGCACGGGGGAGACGACGGCGUCUGAGAAGAAGAAGGUUAAGAAGGAGAAGAAGAGGAAGGUUCCCGAUGAUGAGGAUAAGAGCGAUACCACCUCGGAUUCCACCGAGGUUCCCGAGAAGAAAACCGCGACAGCUAAUGGGGCCCCGGCGAAGAAGCCGAAGCUGAUGAAGGACGAGGGAGAGACAGAUAGCGGUGCGGCCGACGAUCCGAACGCCUUGUCCAAUUUUAGGAUCUCGAAGGUCUUGAGGGAGACUCUGAAUUCGAAGGGGAUAAAAGCGCUGUUCCCCAUCCAGGCCAUGACUUUCGAUCUCGUACUCGAUGGGUUUGAUUUAGUUGGUCGAGCACGUACUGGUCAGGGCAAAACCUUGGCUUUUGUGUUGCCUAUAUUGGAGUCAUUGACAAAUGGGGUUCAUAAAGCAUCAAGGAAAACAGGUUAUGGAAGAUGUCCAAGUGUUUUGGUACUCCUUCCGACUCGAGAGCUUGCAAAUCAGGUUCAUUCGGACUUUGAGGUCUAUGGUGGGGCAGUUGGGUUAUCUUCAUGCUGCUUAUAUGGUGGAUCUCCUUACCGUGCUCAGGAAAUUUCACUAAAGCGAGGAGUUGAUAUUGUUGUUGGAACUCCAGGGCGCAUAAAAGAUCACAUAGAGAGGGGGACUCUUGACCUAAAAACAUUGAAGUUCCGUGUACUUGAUGAAGCAGAUGAAAUGUUGAACAUGGGAUUUGUUGAUGAUGUGGAACUCAUUCUCGGUAAAGUUGAGGAUGUUACCAAGGUUCAAACGCUUCUCUUCAGUGCUACCUUGCCUGACUGGGUGAAGAAGAUUUCCACAAGGUUUCUAAAGCAAGAUAAGAAAACAGCUGAUCUUGUCGGCAAUGAGAAACUGAAGGCUAGUGCUAGCGUCAGACAUCUUGUUCUUCCUUGUACUCGUUCAGCAAGGCCACAAGUUAUUCCUGAUGUCAUCCGUUGUUAUAGCCGUGGUGGCCGAACCAUUGUUUUCACUGAGACAAAAGAAUCUGCAUCUGAACUUGCUGGAUUAUUACCUGGAGCCCGGGCUUUGCAUGGAGACGUAAUGCAAGCACAACGUGAAGUCAUACUAUCUGGGUUCAGGUCAGGCAGGUUUUUGGUUUUGGUUGCUACAAAUGUGGCAGCACGUGGGUUAGACAUAAAUGAUGUGCAGCUGAUUAUACAGUGUGAGCCCCCACGCGAUGUUGAAGCUUACAUCCAUAGAUCAGGGCGAACUGGAAGGGCUGGCAAUACCGGGGUUGCGAUUUUGCUUUAUGAACCCAAACACUCCUUUAGCAUUUCUAGAAUAGAAAGAGAGUCGGGUGUUAAGUUUGAGCACAUCUCUGCACCUCAGCCUACUGAUAUUGCUGAAUCAGCUGGAUCUGAAGCAGUUGAUGCUAUCUCAAAUGUCUCUGACAGUGUUAUUCCAGUUUUUCGUUCACAAGCAGAACAUCUCUUAAGCUCCUCUGGGUUAUCAGCAGUGGAUAUACUAGCAAAAGCCCUUGCUAAGGCUGCUGGAUUUACUGAUAUAAAGAAGAGGUCACUGCUCUCUUCGAUGGAGAAUUAUGUA